CUAAAGAGCUUUGCGCAGAAUUCUCGGACAAGGGGUGAACACGGUAACUUACCUGCAGUCCGAGUAGAUGUAUUUCUGGAUAGUUUACCUCCUUGCCACGGUUGCGCUGACCGAUUCCGGACCAAUUGACCAUGGCGGGGAGAGUUUGGGUAGGGUUCUGUACAUGGAUAUGGGUUCCGUGGAGGAUAAUUUAAAUCUAGGAAAGCCGAACGCUACCAGCCACCGGAACUAUGGCCUUAGCCCGGACCAAUAUGAGGAAGCUCGGAGACUGUGGCACAAGAUUCAGAACAGAGAGAGGACUCGCGUCGGCAAGGCACCAUUAGUUGAGAACGAGGUGACAGACAUUUUGGCUGGAGAUAUGAUCAUGCACCCGAUUUUACUGCGGAGGAUUGACGAGCAGCAUUCCAGACGUCAUAAAAGAAAAAUCAUCAAUUUUGACAGAUUUGCGUCCUUAAAGUGGAGCCUUACAAUACCGUUCACAUACGACCCCAACAAUGAAACAGCUCACACUGAUUCUCAGAAGGAGAUAAUCCGCGAGGCAAUGACCGUGUGGGAAGAGAACACGUGCCUCAGGUUUCUGGAGUUAACGAGCGACGAGGCAGCGGCCAUGACCAGCGAGUACAUCUUUAUAACGGCGCGGAGCUCUGGUUGCUAUUCCUACGUUGGGAGAACAAAAAUAGCUCAGGACCUUAAUCUACAUAGCGCGUGCUUCUCCAUGACUGCACUGGGUACCAUAGUUCACGAAAUGGGUCACGCCAUUGGACUAUUUCACGAGCACGUGCGCUCAGACAGAGACCUGUAUGUUACUGUAGACCUCGACAGCACGAAACAGGGAUUUGAAGGGAAUUUUAUCCAACCCGAUAUAGGAAUGACGACAAAUCAUGGGGUUCCUUACGACUACGGUUCUGUGAUGCACUAUAGGGCCGUCGCGUUCAGCGUGGACGGUACAACGCCCACCAUACUAACCAACGACCCCCUGUACCAAGGCACCAUAGGCCAAAGAUGGCAGCUGUCCUUCAACGACGCUCUCAUUGUUAACAAGGCGUAUUGCGCGGACAAAUGCACCGGAAGUCACCAAUGUAGAAAUGGUGGCUAUCCUAAUCCCAACAAUUGUCUGGUAUGCUUAUGUCCAGAUGGUCUUGCGCCGCCAUAUUGUACGGAGCCAGAACCACCUGAAAUGGACGUGUGUGGCGGUACGGUUAUUUUGACAGAGGAAAACCCGAGGACUCUGGAAGUGAAAUCACCGAACGAAUACCCAUCCUUCUACAAACCAUUCACAAGAUGCAACUGGCUGAUCGAGGCACCUCCAGGCUACCUUAUACAAUUCCAAUUUAUACCCAAAGAAUCUUUCGUUGGACAAUUCGGAAUGUACACCACGGAUCUACCUUGUAGUUCCUCGAGUAAACAGUGCUUUGAUUUUGUGGAGAUUAAGUACGACGCCAACGACUUCGGAACAACUGGACCAAGAUUUUGCUGCAGUGGUGAGCCGACGGCAGUGGUGACAUCCGUCACAAACAGAGCCCUCGUGUUGUUCAGAUCGUAUCUGCAGUUUUUCAUAUUAAUCGGCUUCCAGAUGGACGUCAGUAUAGUGCCAGAUCCUAAUGCAGUCAUCACAACCACAACUACUACACCAACCACAACUACUACACCUACUACAACUACUACACAAACCACAACUACAACACCCACAACAACUACUACACCAACAACAACAACAACUACACCAACCACAACUACUACGCCCACUACAACUACAACACCAACUACAACACCCACUACAACUACAACACCAACCACAACUACUACACCCACUACAACUACAACUACAGCAACUCCUGGUGAGGAAGACUGCGGGGGCUGCACCAUCUCGUCGUACUGGGCGUGGCAGCCGCCGUGUGUGGACGCUAAUGGCAGACAAUACUGCUGUGAAGACGCUCUCGUACAUCCUGUUACCGGCUGGUGCAAACUGCCCGUGUGGCGGGGGACAGCGUGGUCCUUCUGGACAAAUUGCGACACUGCUGGGCGUGGCUGUGGCUGUGGAGAAAGGCAAAGGGAGUACGCAUGCUGGGACCCAUAUUACGAACAAAUACCCAUGUUGGACAGAAAACCGCCGUUUUCGGACUGCAGAGUUUGGCAAAGACAACGGUGUAACAGUAUAGCUUGUUCUGCAGCAGAAUGUGAUUAUAACACCAACCCCGACUGCGGUUGUUGCGAAGGGUUUAUCAAAGACGAUUAUAACCAAUGUGUACGACAACCAUGAGUCAUCGAGAAUGAGACACCUGGACGUAAAAAUUAGAUAUAUUGGGAUCGCAAGGAAUUUGGAACUCAAACAUCUUACGUUAUAAUUAUUAUCAUUGGAUAUUAACGGAUCAAUUGGACGUGGAUGGUCAUAAAAGCAAGACUUCAAAAACAUCAUAAAAGGAAAGGACACGCAGUUGUCUCCUCGAGCUGCUCACGUACAUAACUUGUUCAUUUUGAUUACAUCAUUAAUAAAAUGUAAUAUAACAUAUUGAUCAGUGUGCAAAUAAUGAAUCCCAAGUAUACUCUUCUGCAGCGUUGCGGUCUUCAAUGGUUUCCGUUAUGUGUAUAUGCUUGAAGGUGGUUGCCCAGCGGGCAAAUUAUGUUGUUUUAACGUUGAAACAACGUUGAACCAUAACGUUGA